UACCGCGCAUGCGUUAGCUCGAUGUGUACGGAAGUACUGCAGCAGCAUAGUGAACGGUGCAAACUGAAAUGUUCAGACACGUUUUCCUGACAGGACCUCCAGGUGUGGGGAAAACCACUCUGGUCCGGAAAGCCUGCGAGGCUUUAGUGUCAUCAGGACUGGGAGUUGAGGGUUUUUACACAGAGGAGGUCAGAGAGGGAGGCCGGAGAGUCGGCUUUGAUGUAGUCACAGUGACAGGAGAGAGGGGCCACCUGUCCAGAGUCAGAGACGCUGCUGGGUCAUCCCAUGGCAGACGGGAAUACACAGUUGGGCAGUAUGUGGUUGACUUGCCUUCAUUUGAAAACCUGGCUCUCCCCCUCUUCAGAAAUGUUGGGUCAGCAGAUGGGGGGAACAGGAAGGUGUUUGUCAUUGACGAGAUUGGCAAAAUGGAGCUCUUCAGCCAGUCGUUCAUCAGGGCGGUGAGACAGACUUUAGACAGCUCCUCUUGCACCAUCCUGGGCACCAUCCCCAUCCCCAAGGGUAAACCACUGGGUCUCGUGGAGGAGGUGCGGAGCAGGAGGGAUGUCAAGGUCUUCACUGUGUCAAAGGAAAACAGAAAUGCCAUUCUACAAGACAUUAUAGCAGCACUACAAAACUGUCUACAACAAACAGCCUGAUAAAACCAGUACACACAGCCAGACUGUUCAGUGAAACUACACACACUUCCUAACUGGGUUUUUGACCUGACCUGAGGGGGCACAGUGAGCUGCUGGAAGAGUUAGUGUGUCACAUGCAUGUAUUUAUGUACUCAAUUCAUUUUUUUCCUUUCUCAUAAAGCCUCAAAAUGGAUUGCAUGCUGAAUAAUUGAUUGUGAGAUGGAGCACAGCGGGGGAAUUGUUCAGUUAGUGUGUAAAUAUCCCGUGCUCUCAGAGUCAGACACUGCUAGUCCUUAAAACAGCUGUGUUUUAUGUUUUUUUAUUCAGCUGUUGGUCUUACAGAGAUUCCAGCAGGCAGUUCUAAUAUUAAUUCAUCCACGAGGACAAGUGCUGCUAAUUCUUUCAUAACGGGGCAAACAAAGCAGUGCCCCUGUUUAUUCAUUUAGUUCUGUGCUGUGUGAGCCCCCUCCCCUUCUUGUGUUUGUCUAGUCAACCUGAGGAUGUGCUCAUUGAAAAUCAAUCAAUAUUUAACGGUGGAGCUAUGUCCAAUCCUUUCAUGGUUUAUUCAUCCACUAGCAUGAAGGAAGAAAUGGAAAAAUAAACAGUUAUUGUCUCUCUGCAAUGAGAUUGUUUUUCUCUGGUUAUCAUUUCUUCUGUUUAAAGAUGGAAACUGUUCGUUUGUUCAGCAGUUGCAAAUGUUUUCAUAGCGAUGGUAAGCUUCAGUUUUGUUUUCAAAAUAAAUAUGCUUCUCUUUUGUUUUAGGGAUUUUGUGCUCUAUCCUGGGAGAUAAUGGCAUCUCUGUCCAUGUGCAGCCAGAUUACAGUGAAGGAUAAAUAGUAUCACUGACUAUAGGAUUUCUGAGAUGUCAGAGUGCAUUUAUGAAGGAUUUAUUACAGUAGUGCAGCUCAAAAGAGGUCUCUGAAGGAUUUUACAGCUAUAGAACGAGGCAUGUUGUCAAACUUGAAGUGAAGCUCU